CGAUUCCCAUCUGCCAAUGUGCCAUACAUGUAGAGAUCCCCAUCUGUUCGACGCCAGGGACGCCUCAACUUGCUACUGCACCUCAUAAUGGCUCCAGAUGGGUUGACGUCGCGGACGUCCAAUCAUCCGGGCGCGCUCGUUCACCGGGAGGCGCUCAGUGGCCGCGGACAGCUCCAGCCGGCCAAUCAUAUGGACGUGCUCGUUCACCGGGAGGAGUUCCAUACCGACCGACAGUUCGUGCGCAAGGAUCAAGACAGAGGCAGAGACAAGGGCCAAGUAACGAAGAAACGAUUUCACCACAAGUCAAAGAAGGGAUGCGGUACAUGCAAGAUCCGGAGAGUGAAGUGCGACGAAGCCAGGCCCAUCUGUCGGCGCUGUGUCAAGGCUGACCUCGACUGUGAUGGGUACGGGCCCGCAGACGAGGACGACUCCUCAAGGCACCCGCUUGCUUCCUCAGGUCGUGUGCUUCCCCCCUCCAAUUAUGCGUCAUACGUACCGCCACAAAGGGGUACCCGGAUGCUUCCUACACCACCUAGCUCAGUCUCCCGGUCACCGUCACCCUCCCUUUUUAAAAAUGACCAAGAGAAAAGAUACUUUCAACUGUUCUCCACCCAAACUGCUGCCCAAUUGACAGGCCUCUUCUCCACUGACCUCUGGAAGCGCCUCAUUCUCCAAGUUUGCGAGACGCACCCUUCAGUCCGGCACGCUGUUAUAGCCCUCGGCGCACUGGACCCUAAGACAUGGAGAAAUCGUGCCCAAACCCCAGACCAGACACGCCGGCGUCAAUUCGCAUAUCACGAGUACAGCCUAGCCAUAGCAGAUAUGCGGAGUACCAUUACAGAGAGAUCUCUUGAUUUGAGAAGCAAGUUGGUCGCCUGUAUCAUCUGCGUCUGUUUUGAAAUCUACCAUUUUAACAAAAAUUCCGCAAUUGCACAAAUCCGAGCCAUGAGUUUCCUGGUCGAAGAUCAAGACCCCAAGGCUCUUGAAGACAUCGACCACGAGAUUCUCGAGUGUUUCCAAGAGCUUCAGGUCCAGGCCCUCAUUCACAGCAGGUACUCCCAAUCGGGCUCAGACACGCUUCUCAAAUGCCGUCGAACCAUGAGGGAUGACAUCCCGCAGGAGUUUACAAGCAUGCGUCAGGCACGCUCGGUGCUUCGCGUCCUCUCCAUCCGACAGGUCCACUGGACUGGCUCAUCUAGGUAUGGAUGGCCAUGGCACGUGAAGACCCCGCAGUACGAGAUAACCAGGACCUCGCCCGAUCCACCGCCGAACGAGUACACUUCGAACGAAGAAUGGUGUCUCGAGCGCAACAGGCGGUUCAUCGAGUUCACGUCCUGGUCGAAUGCUUUCCGUCCUCUCUUCCUCAAGGCUCGACGCUCGACCAAUCCGGAUGAAUUCAAACGUGCGAUAGUGCUGAAGAUCACAUACUUGUACACGUACCUCACAAUGAUGGUUCCAAUGCUGAGUCUCCAGGAAUCAUACUACGGCCAGACCGCCAGACUGACAGAGCUCAUGACCUUGUGCAAGACUCUGCUGCUCGAUUGCGACGACGACGGUGGGUUUUCGAUGGAGGCGAAUCUCCUUAUCCCGUUGGGCGUGCUUGCAUACCGGUUCCGACAUCGAGCAUUGAGGCGAGAGGCCAUCGACUUGCUGAUACGGUACCCGAGAAGAGAGGGAUUGUGGGAUGGGAAAUUGUCGGGGAAGUACUGCUUGUGGUUGGCUGAUCUCGAGGAGGAAGGGUUGGAGGACGAGGAGUAUGUUCCGCAUGAUCUGGCGACGGAGCUUGCGUCCUAUGAGUGGGAUGCCAUUACGAAGUUGUGUACGGUGUCGGCGUACAAGAAGUAUAGGGAGCCUCAAGGGAAGAUCAGGACAGAGUUGAGGGAGGGGGUGGUAGAUUGGUCAUAGCUAUAGUGAAGGAGCUUCCCGUCUAGCUCAGUCCUGCACUUCGGCUUGUAAGGUACCACAGACCUUUUCAUAAAACUGGAGCGCUCCAAUGAAUGCUGCAGAAAAUGUGUUCCAUCUUCUUCUGCUGUUGAAAAGAGAGUCCUGGAGAAUGAAGUUUCAUAUCCGGAAUCUCAUACUUUCUCCAGCGGACCUACGUCUAUUUCAUUGGCUUUUAACUCCUAUACUGGGUUACUCCAGGGGACCGAGUGUACCAUUUAGGGCUUAUAGGGUUUCACCGAUUAACAAGCGAAUUUGGACGUCGCACUGUAUCCACCGCCAAAAAUUCUC